UCAACGGUCUUUCUUUUUCUCUCUGAGUCAGUCUCCAGACAGAGAACCACUCAAGGAAAGAUUGCUUUUUUUACACCCUUCGCUUUUGCUGAUGCUCCAGAUGAGGGUCCAGAAUCUCUCCAUAGGUGGGACUUCUCCAAGUCCUUUCACCGGCAAUGGAACUGAGAUGCUGGGAAGCCCAGGGAUGAAUUGCUCGGAACCCAAACGAGAUUUCCAACACGCCUUUUAUGCUGCCACCUACUCCAUCAUUUUCAUCCCAGGCCUCCUAACCAACAGCAUCGCUCUCUGGAUGCUAUGCCUCUUUAUCCGAAAGCAAAACAAAGCCAUCAUCUUCCUGCUGAAUCUGGCCACGGCGGACUUCAUUCACGUCCUCUCCUUACCUCUGCGGAUUUAUUAUUACGUCAACGACAAGUGGCCCUUCGGACUCUUCCUCUGCCAGCUUUGCUUCUACUUGAAAUACCUGAACAUGUACGCCAGCAUUUGUUUCCUCACCUGUAUCAGCGUGCAGAGAUAUCUCUUCCUGUUCCAUCCCUUCAUGGCCAAAAACUGGAAGAAGCGCUACGAUGUCGCCAUCUCGGCUGCCGUCUGGUUGGUGGUUGGCUUAGCUUGCCUGACCUUCCCGUUGCUGAGAAAGACUAAGAGUUCGGAAACUUGCUUCUCCGAUCUCAACAUUGAAAAGUUCCAGAACAAAGCGGCUUUGAUCGGGAUGCUGAUGGUGGCAGAACUGGUUGGGUUUUUGUUCCCUCUGGCCAUCAUCGUCUACUGCACCUCCAAGACCAGAGCUUCCCUCCAGGAACACCAAAUUCCUUUAGAAAACACCGGCGAAAAACAGAAGGCGUUGCGGAUGGUGUAUAUGUGUGCCGUAGUGUUUUUUGUGUGCUUCGCCCCCUAUCACCUCAUGUUUUUCUUCUUCAUGUUGGUAAAAGAAGAUGUGGUGAAGGGCUGUGCCGUAAAACAAAGUGUCUUGUAUCUGCACCCCUUUUUCUUAAGCCUUGCCAGCUUCAACUGCUGCUUGGAUCCAUUCUUGUAUUUUUUUGUGACAUCGGAAUUCCAUGAUCGGAUACCAACCUACAGCAGCUUGUCCUUCAGAAGUCGUUUGUUAAGCAAGGAAAGUGCUUCUUCGGUGAAGGGAUAAGUUAGUUGGACUUCAAGUUGGACAAAGAUUGGAGGGUCUACAGGAGGUGCCCUAAGCUCUUGUAGUUCAGACGGCAUCUCCUGAUAUCCUGUGGUACAAGAGUGUGCUCACAUACCACGUCAGAGAAAAGUUUGCUUAGUUUUGGUUGGAUGAUGGAGCAAUAGUUGCUUGGCUUCAUACAACCUGAUAGAUCAGUGGUUCCUAAUCUGUUUUAUGAAAACCAUUUAAUGGGAAGUUGCAGGAGUCAAAGCAGCUGCAGAUGAUACAUUGCUGGCUCUAAGUUAAGGUUGCGGCCUUCAAAAACGUUCAAUGACAAUCUGGAAGUCCUCAUGAAAAGAAAAGUUGGGAUCUGUAGCACUGGGUUUUACAAAUCACGAGGAUGGGAUUCCCAUAGCUAAGCCAUCAGAUGAUCUGUUUUGUUUUGUUUUGUUUUUCUAUGACCUUAGCCUGACACUCAAUCAAGAAUUUCAAGCUGGGUGGGGAUGACCAAAUGUUAAGCUACACAAACCCAAAACAGCUCUUCAGAGACAUGAAUUUCUUUCUCCCAGAUCUGCCUAAGGAAGACAAAGGGUUCAAACCUGUUUUAUUUUGCUUUCUCAAUAGUUUUGGAAGUACUAAUGUUUUUUGCUGAUCCCACUAAGGCAGUGGUUCUCAACCUUUAUAGUGCUGCGACCCCUUUAAUACAAUUCCCCACGAUGUGGCGACCCCCAACCAUAAAAUUAUUUUCGUUUUGAAUUUAUCGCGCCUGAAGCCGUAUUGCUAGCGAUCUGAACUGCUUGCGAUUGCCUUGAGGACGGAGGCAUUAAAGUGGAGACUCCUCCCCUAUUAAAUUUAUCAUGCCUGAAGCCAGAUUAGGCUAGCGGUUGGGAGUGAUUGCAGCUGGCUUGAGUGGGAGACAUCAGAGCAAAGAUUUCUCUCUUUUUUAAUUCAUCGUGCCUGAAGCCGAAUUCGGCUAGCAAUUUGAAGAGCCUGCAGCUGGCUUGUGGAGUCAACCAUUGGAACGCGAUUCUUCGACUCACAAGUAUACUUCCCAUAUUUCCGAUGGUCAUAAGCGACCCCUGGCAAAUUGUCAUUCGACCCCCAACAGGGUCCCGACCCACAGGUUGAGAACCGCUGCACUAAGGUAUCUAAAGGUUGAAUCAUGGCAACUGGACCAACCUUUGUAAAUCUGAGGUGUUUAUCCAAGCAACUACAUCAGUCAGAGCAAAAUUCUCUGCCUAAAUAAUUUUGCUCUGACUGAUGUAGUUGCUCGGAUGAGCAACGAAAUGUCCCAGAUUAACAAAGUUUGAUCAGUUACCAUGUUUCAACCUUUAGACACUUUUGGCCUGGAUUCAGAUUAACAGAGUUGGAAGGAACCUUGUAGAUCAUCUAGUGCA